AUGCAAUGGAGUUACCUACCAAUCCUCAUGGAGCUUAUUAGCCUUUAUACGGAAGGACGCCUCCAAGUCGCCGAUGUCCCCUUCUCGAUCCGACGUAGCUAUGGACUCGAGGGCAGCAUAUCGUCGCCCCGAUUUCUCCGAUCGGUCUUUGUCGCAAUGCUUCGCUCCUCGACACUAGUACACGAAACUGUGCAAACUCCACAAGGUUUUACCGGUACAAGUUGCGUCGCUGUUGCCCAAAGCGUGGUCAAAACUUUUAUUGUCGGUGAGAACCCAUGCUAUUUUGAGCGUCUACAGGUUUUCUUGCGUUUUCACUCGAUUCAUGGCACAAAAGUCGAAAUGAGUUUUAGGAGCAAACAAAACCAUCCAUAA